AUGGCCGGUAACAAGAAGAAUAAAUCCAAGAAGACUGCCUCUCGAUUGCCGACGCCCCCUCCAAUCGUCAACGACGACGAGGUCGACCUCAUGAACGAUCUGCUCGACCAGCUGGAUGCUCGAGACCAGUCGGUUCAGAUAGAGUCAGCCAAAGUGCUGAAUGAAAUGAACCUGAAAGAGCAGGCUGAGCAAUUGGAGGUGACCUCGAAGAAAUCUUCGGCCAAAGAUCGUUUCAAGGCUCGACAGGCUAGGAAAGCUGCUGCUCUAGCUGAAUCAUUUUCACCGGAUAACCCCGCUACCCAGGCCCAGUUGGAGAAGGAAGCAAGGCAAGAAGAGGAGGACAUUGAUCGCAUUUGCAAGGAGCUGAACGUCCGAAUACACGAGGUGAACCCUGACGGACAUUGUCUAUUCUCUGCAGUUGCAGAUCAGUUACAUCUCAUUGGAAUUCUCCCCGAAUCUCACAGCAAUUAUGCAGUAACUCGUGCAGCAGCCGCUGACUACCUGCAGGCUCAUCCGGUCGACUUCUUACCGUUCCUCCCAGCAUCGGAUGACCUCACGACUACGGGCUUAAUGACCCCGGAGCAGUACGCAAGUUACUGCGAUACAGUCCGGAAUACUGCGUUUUGGGGAGGGGAACCUGAGAUUUUGGCUUUAUCCAGGGCAUUCAACGUUCCUAUCCAUGUGGUGCAAGGGGGCAAACCUCCCAUAGUCGUCCAUGAGCCCCAGGACCCAGCCUACAAUAUCCCAUCGCGGGUAGUCCGGGUCAGCUACCACAAGAGAAUGUAUGGCUUAGGGGAGCAUUACAACUCGUUACGGCCCGCGAAUCAAUAA